AUGGAUGAAAAGAUUUCAGGCCCCGGUGGGGCCUCACAAAAGAACUGGUCUUACUAUAAUAUAAGUGAUGAACUGCCUCUAGACAUGAGGUUCAACCAUGGACAUAUGAUUUCAAUGACAGUGUAUAGUGUACUCAUGGUGAUAUCAGCUACUGGCAACCUGACAGUGCUGUCGCAGUUGAUGAAGCGGAGGAGAGCAGGCAGGGCGAGCCGGCUUGAUGUCUUGCUGAUGCAUUUAGCUGUAGCGGAUCUUAUGGUGACAUUCCUGAUGAUGCCAUUGGAGAUAGCGUGGGCGGGGACGGUCCAGUGGCUGGCCGGCGACCUGAUGUGCCGUGUUAUGAUGUUCACGCGCACCUUCGGCCUGUACCUCUCCAGUUUCGUCCUUAUUUGUAUCGCAGUUGAUAGAUACUACGCAAUCCUAAAGCCACUGAACGUGACAUGGGAGUCGCGUGUACGUAGAGCAUUGAUCAUCUCGUGGGUGUGUGCCGGCCUUGCCAGCUUACCGCAGAGCUUCAUCUUUCAUCUAGAGGAACAUCCUUAUGUUAAAGGGUAUUUCCAGUGUGUUACGUAUGGAUCAUUGCCGACGGAGUCCCACGAGUUGGCAUACUUCCUAGUCAACAUGAUCCUCAUGUACGUGAUCCCACUGAUGUCCACUCUGUACUGUUCAUCAGCAGCUUUGCUCGAGAUUAUACGAAGAGCAAAUCAAUCAAAUGACAAGAUGCGUCGCAGCGGUGUAGGAAUCUUAGGGCGGGCGCGAGCGCGGACGCUCAAAAUGACUGUCACCAUAGUUCUAGUCUUCUUCACUUGUUGGUCGCCUUAUUACUUUUAUUGUUUAUGGUACUGGAUAGACAAGGACUCUUUAAAAAGAUUGGAUCCUGCCAUCCAGAAGGCGAUGUGGUUGUUUUCAUGCACCAACUCAUGCGCCAAUCCUAUUGUGUACGGAGUGUUUAAUCGCAACCGAUGGACGUGGCGAGCUGGUCGGAACGGUCGAUGUAGAAGUGGAAGUACAAGACGUGGUUCAAGACUCCCGUACGGUGAAUCUAUGGAGAUAUCAGCGGCGACCUUGGCUCGAGCGAGAAACUCAUUAAGUAUCGAUCGAAACGGCAGACGGGACUCUGCUUACGACACGCAAAAUGGAACACAAAAACAUUGGAAUACAAUAAACAACAAUAAUGUUGUUGAAAACGGCAUGGUGUAG